AUGAGCAAAGAUCUGGCAGCAAAGACUGCAAAAUCAAGUCAUCAUUCCGAGCCCGGCUGUGGAGCAAGACGUCUGAGUGCAGCAGGUGAUUGUGAUGAGAAUAAUAAUCCAAUCACCGGCGAUCUUAUCUGCGAGAGACGUUAUGUCGAAUGUAUUGAUGAUAAGCAUUAUCUAAAAUGCCCCUUGUGUAGCACUCUCAAGAAGAUCAAGUUGAGAUAUGGUGAUAAUGGUGCAUGCCUUGAGGGGCUCUCCUCUGAUUUCGUCGCGCUCAACGCGUUGGAGACAUGCGGGCUUAAUGUUAAUGAUUUACACGAGGAAGGACUCUACUGUAGCCGGUGUCCGACGCGCGCUCAAAGUCGCUGUUCAGAAUGCGCGCUGUUCUUGUGCGUCAAUUGCCAACGGGCGCAUAAAGGGAGCAAUGAUACUCGGGAUCACAAUGUCUGCUCAUUAGCUUUGCUUCGGGUUAACUCAAACGAACCUGUCCACACAGGGGAUUACUGCAGGAACCAUGUCGGCGAAAAGUUGACUCAUUUUUGCAUGACUUGCGAUCAUGCCAUUUGCAACGAUUGCACUUUUCUGGAUCAUUCAAUCGACACGCAUUCCGUCACGGAACUUUCCGAGAUUACUCCGACGCAACGGCGACAACUGGCGGAGCUUCUAUCAGGUGUCCGACAGAGAGUGCCCUUUCUGAAACGAACGUUACUCGAAAUCGAUUCUGUGUUACAGUCUCUCCCCGAUCACGCUGACGCUGUGGCCAGAGAAAUUGCUAGAAAUACAGAAAACUUUAUUCAAACUCUCAGACAAAGGCAAGAGGAACUUCUGGAUGAACUGACAAAAUUAUGCUCACACAAAGCGAAGGCUUUGCACGAUCAGAAAUCAAAAAUUCAAUCCGAACUGGUCAUUCUCGAAGGCAACUGCAAGGCGAGUGAGAGGAUUCUCAGAAGCGGUAGCAAUUCCGAGAUUGCCACGGUCAACAACUUGGUCUAUCAACGAUUACAGUUUCUCAGAAAUAUGAAGCUUGAUAUUGAGCCUGAUGAGAAUGCUGAGUUUGGGUACGAUCCCGGUUCCGAGAAAUUGAGUAGUGAAAUCUUAGAAUGUGGGAGGGUAUUUCUCGUAAAUGCAUCUUCUCCAAUGAGAGUGAUUGGUGAUGGUUUACAGGAUGCAGCUGUUGGAAAAUUUCCCUCCUUUACUCUAGCCAAGUCUGGAUGCUACUUUGGAUAUUGA